AUGAAGGAGUUGUUUGGGGGUCCAGGGAAAGUGAGUGGCUUGGGAUUGAGAGUAGGGCAGUUUGUGUUUGCAGCUGCUUCAAUUGUGGUCAUGGUCUCUGCUCGUGGCUUCUUUAAUGCUACUGCUUUCUGCUAUUUGAUUGCAUCAAUGGGGCUUCAACUCCUUUGGAGUUUUGGACUUGCAUGCCUUGAUCUGCAUGCUUUGAGAUCAAAGAAAAACCUGCAGAAUCCUGUCCUAGUGAGCUUAUUUGUCGUUGGUGAUUGGGUGACAUCUAUCCUAUCACUUGCUGCUGCAUCUGCAGCAGCUGGAGUCACCGUGCUGUUUGCAAGAGACUUGCAUUACUGCAGAGCACCAUACAAUUUCCCAUGCAGCAGGUUCCAAAUCUCCAUUGCUUUGGCAUUUAUCUCGUGGUUUCUCCUUGCCAUAUCUUCUCAUGUUAUGUUUUGGCUUUUGGCCGCAGUAUGA